AUCAUAACAGUCAUCUCUGUUGUGCAGGCAGCUUUGAGGUGAGACAAAAAAUUGUCACACAGACUCUGAAUUUCUCACGAGGGAGGGAUGGGAGCUGAAUCAAGGGGGGAGGGGGGACAAGAAGAAUGCAGUGAACAAUUAGCAGGCAAUAACUCAUCUUUCCUGAUCUGAUGGUCCCAAGCCAUCCUCUGUACAGUGCUGAGAUGCCCCUGCAGUAAAGCAGCCCUUCGUUCUGGGUGUGCCCUGGUUCCUGGUGGGGCUGGGCAGCUUGGAACUGCCGUAGUCAUGGUGACUGGGUGGUGAGCGUGGUCUCAGUCUGCAUCCUUGCUUGUCAGAGCUCAGUAAUUGCUUAGAGGUUGCUCUGCGCCCUGCAGAAGCGGAGGGGAAGGGGCUGUGAGUGCUGUGCUGGAGCUGUCGGGGCAGUGAGCAAGCAGGGGGUGCCAGAAGGCCGGCGCAGGGCGUGCAGCGCCUGGAGGAGCCGUGGUGCUGGUUCUGUUUGAGGUCACAGACUGCUUCCAACAGACGGGGGCUGCAGCAACUGUCACACGCACUCUGAAUCCGCAGGCAGGACUGCUGGCAACCAUGCAGGGCCGCAGGGCAGACAUGAACCAGCAGAUCCAGGAGCUGCGCAACAUCAUUGCCUUGCAAGAGCAAGGAAAAAAGUUUUCCAGGCAGUUGUCUGAGGAAAAGCAUAGGCAGAACAAAGAUCUGCUUUCCCGGCUGCACGGGACGUUGCGGGAGGACAUCCAUGCACUGGACAUUGCCCAGAAGCAUGACCAGCGCAUCAUGUCUGAGUUUUGCAGAGCGCAGAAGUACUUGUGUGGCAAAACUGUGCAGGGGGCCCGAGAGAAGCUCCGGAGCAGCAUCUUCGACCGGGUGAAUGCCUGCAACAUGCUGCUGCACGAGGUGAAGCAGAGGAGCCAGGCUCGGGAUGCACUGCGGUGGCAGCUGCAGCAGCUGCUGGAUGUCAGGAUCAAUGACAAGAGGCACCAGGAGCAAGUGCAGAUGAUUCGCCAGCUGGAGAACAACAUUGAGAAGAUGCACAUGAAAAUCCACGCAGGGCAGAAGGUGACCACGCUGUACCUGGCACUGCGGGAUGUCCUGAAGAAGGAGCUGGACUAUCUGCUUCUGCAUCUGGAGCUGCUGUACACCAUGGCUGGGGCGUACCACGGGGAGGUGCAGGACAGGGAGCUGAUGGCUUCGGGUGCUCUCAAAGCCAGUGACAUUACCAAGAAGGACCUGGCCAUGCUGGAAACCCGAUUCUUGGCAGAGGAGGAGGACAGACACCGCAUCCUGUCUGCCCAGAAGGUGCAAACCGACUGGCUGUGGCUCAAGGAGGCAAGCAAAAAGCACUCGAGAGCGCAAGCCAGGUAUGACCUGGCUGUGGACUUCCCCUCCCUGCUGGUGCAGGACUCAGCGCUGGGCUCCCUGGUACAAGCCACUAGGUCACAGAUUGAGCACGAGUCCUUUGUGACGGCGGAGGUGGAGAAGGCCAAGGCCGCGGUGCAGUGCUCCCGUGUCUGGGACAUCACCAGCAGGCUGCUGGCACAGCAGAAGUCCACAGCAGAGCUGGAGCAGCACAUCAGAGCCUGCAAGGAGAAGCGGCGGGCGCUGAAGGACACGCUGCAGGAACUGGAGCUGAAGCACGCCAAGCUGAAGUUCCACCAGCCCCCAAGUGCUAUCAGCUGCAGGAAGCUGGAGGCAGAGCUACGGGUGCGCCUGCAGCAGGAGGAGGCCCGGCUGGAGCAGGCACAAGCCCAGUAUGUGAGGAACCAGGAGUUGCUGCUGCAGUUUGAGAACGGCAUCGACAACCUCAUCAUCCGUCUGCAUGGCAUCAACGUGCCUGAGCAGGAUCUCACCGUCGAGUUCAAAGGGGUGGAUGAGAAGCUGCAGCACUGCAGGCAGAAGCUGCAGCACCUGGCCCAGCACGUGAGCUCCCUGCCUGCCCACAGCUACAGCCCUGAUGAGGACAAUGAGACUUUCGUGAAGGUCAGGAAUUUAAUGGAGAAAACGACUGCAAGAGAGCCAUGGAACCUGAAGAUUCCCUUGGAGGACAUAGGCUCAGGGGUGCAAGCUCCCUCUGAUUUUGUUGAUGAAGACCACGACCCGGUUCCCACCCGGGAGGACAUCAAGAAGCAGGGGCUGAGCCUGAUAGAAAGCAGGAUGAGAAGCAGCAAGAGGAAGUAGCGAUUGCUGCCCCGGAGCUUCUGAUGCCUUUCCUUUUCCCAGCAGGUUUAAUAGAGCAGAGCUUUCUCAUUCCCCCCAAGUCUGUGGUAAAGCUGGAAAGGAAGAGCUGGGAGGUGGUCCUGGCACACUGCUCUCACCCACCUGGGGACAGACUGCGGUGGGAGCAGCUUUCCCAGCCAGAGCAAAGCCAUGGGUAGGCUGGCUGGUUUUCUUCCCCCUGGAUUUUGGGAUGCCAACACCUAUUCAAGGCUCUGCAGAAAGCCAAGGACACUGACCGGUGCAAGGGCACACAACCUACUGCUAUCCAAGGGCUCUGAGGCUGCUAUGGGGAGAUGUAUGGCUGGGGAAGGAGGGGAACUCAGGAUGGGUGCCCCAAUGUCCCUGCGGAGGAGAGCAGGGGCAGGGCUAAGAAUCAGAUGAAGGCCCCAGUGCAGAGCUGUCCAACCUCUUCGUGGACCUCUCGUGCCUGCUUCCUCCUCUGCUGCCUGUGCACACAUCACUCAGCUCCCACUGCCUGCCCUACACUCAGAGCAAAGUCUGGGCAGCAGCUCAGAGGUGACAUCUUCCCCACUGGGCAGCGCAGUAUGGGUCAGAGGCACCUGGCUCCGCCAGGAGGCAUUUUGUUCUCUGCAAGCAAAGGCACACAUCAAAUAGUGCUGCAAAUAGGUGGUGCUGUUUCUCCAAAUACAGCCAACAGCAGAGGCCUGUAGUCCCUGCUGGAGACGUCCCUGCUGGAGACCCAGCAGCGUUUACCCAUCCCUGCUCUCAGUGGGACGUCAUCACUGUCACCUCCACUCGGUCCCUGGACUUCAUGCUGAUGUCAUUUGUCACCUCAUCAUGGCAGGGAAGGAACAGCUGUGUUUGGCAAGGGUGCUGAGGGACUGCUUGUCACGCCAGAUGCUCUCCAUGGGUUUUGUGAGGCUGUUGGUGAGGAGAACGUAUGGCAAAAAUCACAGCGUAGUUUGGAAACUGGAGUCAAGUCACUCAUCUGGACUGAGGGUUUCCAUCAGCUGCGAGAGGAGCCAGAGAAAAGGCUCUUGAGCAGAGGAAUCCCAAAACACUUCUCCAGUUUAUGGUUUGUGGCCCAUUGGCCAACAUCAGAGUAAUUCCUCAGUGCUCCACCCACCUUUUCAAGAAGGAGAAGAGCAAUCACACACAGCGGCGCUGUGGUUUUGGGUCUACUGAAACCCAUUAGAGGAGGAAGAUCCAAAGGCAACCCGUCUCAUCACGAGUGCCACAGCAUCCUGAAUCCUUUACGUGUCUGAAAAGCCAUCCUGCAACCAGCACCUGGAGUUUUAAUGCUCUUGUGCCACAGCGAUGGUGCAAGAAGGAGUGGGAAGGAACCAGAGGCAGCGGCUUGAUUUCUGGAUCAAAAAUCUGGAUGCCCCAUGGCACAGAGAUGAUGGGGCAGGAGGACCUCACGGGGUUGGUCCAGGGAAGGGUGCAGAGCAUUCAUUUGGCUUCUGGGAAGGGAGAGCUGGCGCUGGCUGGAGCUUCAGCAGCCAUAGGGAUAGCACAGCACGGGGAAGGAGCAGAGAUUUCCUCUCCCUCCCCAAAAACAUUUCCUCCCACCGCGAGCGUUGCCAAAGGGUUGAAGGGAGCCACGGUGCCAGCGCUGGCAAGGGCCCUAAAAUAGGACAUCAUAAACUCACAUCAGAGACUUCGCUGCACUAAAAUAUCUCUGCCCUGGAAACGCUUGUGGGAAGGCUGGCUUUGGGUGGGUGUGGGUUUUUUUUAAGGAUGUGAUCAAAAUCACAUGAAACGAAGCAGAGCUAAGGGAAGGAAGACAGGCUGGAGCUGGUAUCGGAGCUUGAGCACUGGGGUUUUCCUGCUGAGGAUGCAAGCACAGAGAUGGGUGAGGGGCACCGAGCCAAGUCAGCUGCUCUGAGGUCACAGCAAGCAGCCUGGCCAGCUGUCCUGGGCAGGGAACAGUGGGCAUGGCCACCACAGUGUGCUCCAGGAGGCAAACUCAUGCAGCCAGGGAAACUCAGGCACUUCUCCAUUCCCGUGUUGGCAUUAUGAUGAUUGAUAUUGAUGAAGGCGACUUAAGGCUCUCUGCGUAACAGAGGUACAGCCUCGUUUUGCAGCAGGGUGACAAUGGGGUCGGGGUGCCCAAAGCAGCCCCUGCCCCUUCAAGGACCCUGCCUGACCCAAAGAGCGGGACAAGAGGGGAGGUUAACAACUUUCUGAUAGCAAAAGCAUGUAAGAAAAGAGAAUCGACAUCUCUUGGGUGGUGCAAACACAACAGCUGGCCUUAGCUCCCAUCCGGUCGAUCCAGGACAUGCUUUAACCAUCCAUGUGGAUCCAGGGAAUGUAUGGAAGGGAUGAAGGGGAGCAGGGGGUAAAGAGGUUCCCUGAGUGCCUACAAGGUGAGGGAGGAGGUGGAGGAGGGAGGAGGGGGUGGGGUCUGAGGGCCAUCCAUUACCAUCCUCCUGCGCCCGCCCGUGGAAGUGACACAUGGGUGCAGACAAGGCAGGUCAGCUGUAUUUAUUGAGAACGUUCGUGGAGGGGUUAAAAAUAUUUCCACUAGCUCUAUACGAAUUUAUAAACCUAUAUUCUUUGUAUACUUUAAUAAACGCAUCUAUGGCCAUCA